AUGGUUAUUGUUUUGCGAUAUGUUGAUAGUCUUGGCUUUGUGAAAGAAAGAUUCAUAGGCAUUGUGCACGUGAAUGAUAUAUCCUCUUUGUCACUCAAAAAUGCCAUAAAUGAAGUAAUUACAAGCAACGAGUUGAGUUUUAGUCAGAUAAGAGGACAAGGUUAUGAUGGGGCUAGCAAUAUGUGGGGGGAAUUCAAUGCAAAGAAGCAUGGCGGUGUUAGUGACUUUUUUGAACAAAUUUCGUUGGCGGUUAAUGUUGUUUGUGCCUUGUGUAAAAUAAAAGACUUGCUAUGGGAACAAGCAAGAGAAAUGGUGCAAAAAGGUUUAUGUAGUGGUGAACUUGAAACCGAGAGAGGGUUAAAUCAAGAGACUACAUUUGUUCGAGCGGGAGAUACAAGAUGGGGUUCACAUUUCAACACACUCACAAGUUUAAUGAAGUUGUUUGCAGAUGUUCUUGUAGUUUUAGAAUUUGUGAAAGUGGAUAGAGGGUCAUUGGCAAACCGUCAACAAGCGUCCGAAAUCUUAGCAUAUUUUAAAUCUUAUGAGUUCGUGUUUUACUUAUAUAUGAUGUAUGAUAUUUUACGCCUCACAGGUACAUUAUCAAAGCAACUUCAAAAAAAAGAUCUAGACAUUUUAGAAGCAACUUCAAUGGUUAAAGGGACAAUGGACGCAUUGCAAUCUUUAAGAGACACGAGGUUUGCUAGCAUUUUGCCAAAGAUAUCCUCUUUUUGUCAAACACUCAAUAUUGCUACUUUGGAAAAUUGA